UCGCGCGUGUGCGAAAUUUAACACUGACGUAUCUACACUUAUCGAUGAUUUCAGGAAGAGUGUGGCUGUCUAAUCGCGGGAGUGUUUCGAUGUUUUCGCAGAAGUUCCCAACAGGGAACAACAGAUCGAACGACUGAUUGUUGUCUUCGAAUGGAUGUGGGAUAAGUGUGAAUUCCAAGGAUAAUCAUACAUUGUGAAGGACGUAAGGAGCAAAGUGCGCAGCUAGUGUUCGAUAAUUCUUUGUUUUAUAUCGAGCUACCAAUAUGCCGAUUUUAUUUAGCGUGGUAGCUCGUGGGCCAAUUAUACUGGCGAAACAUGCCGCUUGUACAGGAAAUUUUGAGGAAGUUACAGAAAAAAUCCUGACGAAAAUCCCACCGCACAACGACAAACUUACUUACUCGCAGGGGCCUUACCUUUUUCACUACAUCUGCGAGGAUUAUCUGAUUUAUAUGUGUAUUACCGAUGAUGACUUUCAAAGAUCCAGAGCAUUUUUAUAUCUCAAUGAAAUUAAGAGAAGGUUUUUAGCUGUUUAUGGACAGGGUGCUCAAACUGCCAUGGCAUAUGCCAUGAACACAGAAUUUAGUCGUGUGUUAGCUAACGAAAUGAAACAUUAUAGUGAGUCAAAGGAUCUUGAUAGAUUGUCCAAAGUUCACGGUGAGCUAGAUGAGCUCAAGGAUAUCAUGGUAAAAAAUAUUGACAAUAUAGCAAUGCGAGGUGAACGAUUAGAACUUCUUGUACACAAAACGGAAAACUUGUCAGCUAAUUCCGUCACAUUCAGGAAGACUAGUAGGAAUUUAGCGCGCUCUUUAUUUUGGAAGAAUGUCAAGAUCUAUGUUAUUGUUGGUGCUAUCUUGAUCGUUACGAUAUAUGUAAUUGUCUCUAUAGCAUGCGGAGGAUUGGCUUGGCAGAAGUGUGUCGGAAACUAAUUCACAUACCAGAGAACAUAAUAAAGACCCCAAUGUCGAGCAAUUGGUGCGAAGGAGGCGGAUGCGCGAGAAUUUAGCAUGAGACUGACGAGGAUCAACGCAAAUUUAUUAUACAAGUGUAGUUUUACCGUUGCAUAACACAAUAAGAAUGUUGUACUAAUACGUAUCUCUAUACAUACACGUAUAUUAAUACAUAUAUUAUAUACAGCCAGCGAUAAUUCGGUAUUACAUGAUAUGUUUGUAUGUAAUAUAGAUAUUACAGUUGCAUAAUGUUACACGUGAGUAUACAAUAUUAUUUUAUGUUAUUUUACUAGUGUAAAUUAGAGCCACCUGUAGCCCUCAACGGAUUUAUUUUCCUAUUUCCGCGGUUCAAGCCAUACAGUGACUUCAAUUUACAUUCUUAUACUUACUAUCUAGUUGUAUCUUUUACAUUAGAAUACCCACACAGUGUCUAUUAUUCAGCAUGGCGCGUUUGUUAUCUUGGAAAAGCGAAAAUAAAAAGACCCACACUCUGA